AUGGAUAAUGUCCUGUGUAAAAGGUUUGAUACAUUGAGAAGCUUUUUACCCGAUGAAUUAAACGCAUCUACAAAAAACGAUUUUCAUAAUAAUGGGGAUAUUAGGGAUUACUGCCCUAAUGGAAGUUCAGGAAACACUAAAGAAUGUAAGACUGAUUUCGAUAAAAUUAAGGCUGGAUGUUUAUGGUUGUUUGAGCAAUUGUUUGUAAAAAAUAAAAAAAAUAUCAGUACAGUUGAAUACAUUAUCAUAUGGUUAAGUUAUAAACUAAAUCAAAAGACGUAUGAAGGAAUUACCAAUUUAAAUGAUUUUUAUGCUAAAUAUAUAGAAAAUAAUACGCAUUAUACUAAUUGUAAACAAGGUGGUAAAGAUUGUAGUAAGUCAUUAAAAGAUAAUACAGGAUAUAAAAAUUAUAAAGAAAUCAUAGAUAAAAGAAAGGAAUUGUUGAGUACUAAUUUUGAGUAUAUACCUAAAUUUUAUGAUGCGUUUAAACCAUUAUGUAACAUGUAUACUGAACUUGAUGCAAACGACACAACAAAUAAGGAAUAUUUAGAAAAUGCUAAAGAAUUUAUUGAAAAAUAUAAAAAUCUGCUUAAUAAUAAUGAUGCUUAUAAUAAAGAUAGCCCCUAUUAUCAAGUAUUGUCUACAUUAUCAAAUGAUUAUAACGGUUUUAAAAAAUAUUGUGGUAAUAGUAAUAUUGAUUGUAGCGAUAUUCCGAAACUUCCAGAUAUAAAAACAAAAGAAAAUGGUGUGCACAUUUCUGAACCGAGUUCUGAACUGAGUUUUGAAAUGAGUUCUGAAGUUACACCAUCAAGUUCGUCGGUAACAAACAAAUUAAUUCCAGUUUUAUCGAUAAUUGUUGCAAUACCAAUAUUCUUAGGAAUUUUUUAUAAGUAUUCGUUAUUUGGAUUUCGGAAACGAUCUCAAAAACAACAUUUAAGAGAAAAGCUAAAAAAAUAA